UCUUAUACAUGCAUAUCGGUUUUGUUGCGUAGAUCUUCAACCGCGUUUCAUGGAUCCAGAAACCGAUCCACCUGCAUUGCCUUCUUCUCAUUCUCUCUCCUAGGGUUUCAACUCAAAUGCUUCGUUCUUCUUCGCUCUCGCCGCCGAUUUUGAGCUAUGCGUUCUCUUCCUCCCAGCUCGGUCUGCUGCCGUCCACGCCAUGAUCGCCGACGGCUGCUUUGCCGGAAUUUUAAGAGCUGCCGGUCACUCUGCGGCGAGGUUUCAUAGCUUUAAGCUGCUCCCUUCCUCUGACGAUGCUCUUCGCCAGUUUUGUGUUCGGCGAGAGAGAAUGCCGGCGUCGGUUAUCUUCCUCAUUGCUCUUCUUAACUUGCUUUUACCUUGCUCAGUGAAGUCGGUUUCUCUCAGUGUGUCAUUUGCCUCAUCGGAAAGAGCUAAAACUUGGUUAGUUAAACCUUCUUCUGGUCCAUCCCUGGCACCUGUUCCAUCUCCAUCUUAUCAAGGUCCUAGUGUGACUCCAAGACCAAAAUAUCAUGGUCAUCAUCGUCGCCAUCAUGCCGUGAGACCUUAUGUAGUGGCUCCACCCCCUUCUAAAGACCAAGCUUGUGAGCCAUUCUGUACGGAUCCGCUCACAUCAACUCCCUUUGGUACACCUUGUGGUUGUGUAUUUCCCAUGAAAGUCAGGCUUACACUAGAUGUAGCUCCUUAUGCUGUUUUUCCAGUAAUGACUGAGUUAGAGAACGAGGUUGCAUUAGGCACAUAUUUAGAACAGAGUCAGGUGAAGAUAAUGGGUGCCACUGCUGACAGUCAAAAUCAGGGAAGAACUAUUGUUGAUAUUAACUUGGUUCCACUGGGAGAGAAAUUUGACAAUACCACUGCAGCUCUGACAUAUGAGAGGUUUUGGCAUAAAAAAGUUCCUCUAAAUAGGAGCCUUUUUGGUGAUUAUGCUGUAGUGUACAUCACUUAUCCAGGAAUGCCAUCAUCGCCACCAUAUGGAGCUAUAAGUGGGAGUGGUCCCAGUGAAAGUGAAGAUGGUAUUCUGCCAGUCAGUGCCAACUUUGACAACAAGAGCCAGAAAAUGAAUCUCAGAACCAUAAUCAUUAUUGCUUUAUCUUCCUUUGUACUCUUGCUGGUUUUGGUUGGAGCAUUUUCCAUCGCUUUGAAAUGGAAGAAGAUUAGGAGACCAUCAAGUGCUGUAGGCCCUGCUUUCCCAUCAUCUCUAAACAAGAGAUCUGGCUUGGGGUCUAUGUUGUCAAGCAGUAUUACAAGCUCGACAUCAGUGUCCCUUAUGUCCGCAACAGCUACUUCCAUUCUCUCCGCUAAAACAUUUUCUCUCUCUGAGCUUGAGAAAGCUACAGAUAAGUUUAGUUCAAGGAGAGUAUUAGGAGAAGGAGGAUUUGGACGUGUUUAUAGUGGGACAUUGGAAGAUGGGACUGAAGUCGCGGUUAAGCUGCUUACAAGAAAUAAUCAGAAUGGAGAUCGUGAAUUUAUUGCAGAAGUUGAGAUGCUAAGCCGUUUGCAUCACCGUAAUCUAGUGAAACUGAUUGGUAUAUGCAUUGAAGGGCGUAGGCGUUGCUUGGUGUAUGAGCUUGUUCGCAAUGGCAGUGUUGAGUCCCAUCUGCAUGGUGAUGACAAGAAAAAGGUACCUCUAGAUUGGGCUGCACGGAUGAAAAUUGCCCUUGGAGCUGCAAGGGGAUUGGCCUAUCUUCAUGAGGAUUCUAAUCCUCGUGUAAUUCACAGAGACUUUAAAGCUAGCAAUGUGUUACUAGAAGAUGACUUUACCCCUAAAGUUUCUGAUUUUGGCUUGGCAAGAGAAGCGACUGAAGGAAGUAAUCAUAUUUCUACACGGGUGAUGGGAACUUUUGGGUACGUUGCCCCAGAAUAUGCGAUGACAGGCCAUUUACUUGUUAAAAGUGAUGUUUAUAGUUAUGGUGUUGUGCUGCUUGAACUUCUCACUGGCAAAAAACCAGUGGAUAUGUCUCAACCUCAGGGACAGGAGAAUCUUGUAACUUGGGCACGGCCACUUUUGAGGAGUAGAGAAGGUUUAGAACAGUUAGUGGAUCCAUGUUUGGCUGGAAGUUGCAACAUUGAUGACAUGGCAAAAGUUGCUGCAAUUGCUUCAAUGUGUGCUCACCCGGAGGUCACGCAGAGACCUUUUAUGGGUGAAGUUGUGCAGGCUCUUAAGUUGAUAUACAAUGACACAGAUGAGACUGGUGGAGAUUGUAGUAGUCGUAAGGACUCCUCUGCUCAGGACUCUGAUUUUAGAGGUGACCUUGCCCCUUCUGAUAGCAGUUGGUGGAAUGCUGGAGGGAUUACCCCUCGAUUAACUUAUGGGCAAGCAUCUUCUUUCAUCACAAUGGAAUAUAGUUCUGGUCCUCUUGAAGAAAUGGAAAACAGACCGUUUUCAACUUCAAGCAUGAUUGAAGAUGAGAUAUCUUUACCAAUUAGGCAUGGGAAUAGAUCAGGCCCCUUAAGAACAGUCCGAAGCAAGCUAUCGUUCUAUAGAUUUACAGGAAGCCGGAGUGAGCAUGGGGGACCUUCUUCCAAGCGUGAUUGGAAUGAUGGUUACUUGGUUUAAGGUUUGAGGUUUUUUCUAGUGUUUUUGAAAUGUACAGUUCCUAAAGGGAAGUGAUCCGAACUAUUGAUUGAGUGACUGGUUUAGCUUAGACGUCUCAAAUUUCUGCAGUUUUCUUGUUAAGGUUGGAGAGAUAGGGGUAUUGACUAAUUUUGAAAUAUUGAUUCAUUAUACAAGGAGGAAAUGUAACUUGAACAAUUGUGAAUGCC